AUGGGGCAAUAUCCAACAUCAAAUGCUAAUACAGAAGAAAGAUCUAGAAAACGGUAUGCAUUUUUUGAUAAAAACAAUACAAAUGAAGAUAUCAAUUUAAGUUUGGUACUAAAAUUUCAGAAACAAGGAUUAUAUGAAAUUCAAGAAGCAGAUCGUUCUGGCCGACCUACCGAUGCUGAUGAGGCCCGCCUGCAAGAACUUGUAGAAGAAGAUAAGUAUGCAGCCACUCGAGAACUUGCUAAGAAGUUAGACGUCGGUGCCAUGGCCAUUAGUCGCUCUAUGCUAAACUUAACGUACAAUUUCAAUCGUUGGGUGCCGCAUGAGCUGACUCAAGCAGAUAAG